UUACAUUUAUUGAGAAUGUCAGAUGUGUUCGGGAGUGUGGAUCUGUUCUCUGCUUUUAGUGGCGGAGACCCAGAGCAGGAGUCUGGCACGUACGAUGAAAACACCAAUGGUAUGGACACGGAGGAAUUAGUAAAUGCCAAAGAAAUGGCAGAUCUGCGAGCAGAAAAUCUGCGUCUAAAAUCCCGGAUCAGGCUACACGAGCGGUUCGGUCACCUCUUCCCCUCUCAAACACCCCUAGCAGAAGUAGACUACUUCAAAUCUCCUCUCUCCACAGAAUGCCAGUCCAGAAUAGAAUCAGAACUUUACACCAUUCUCUCUGAAAACAGAGACACAACCGAGGAAAACGGUCCUGAAAAUCAGUACGACUCGUACGGUCACGUGUUAUAUUUACCGUACUAUAUCAUAGACUCAGUAGGUAAGUUCUGGGAUAAAACCCCCGUACAGUACGGAGACAACACUCCCCUCUUUACUUCCGUGUUCAGUGUGGCUCUGGAUGAUGGCGAGGAUAAGCUGGACAUGUUCGGAGCUAAACUUCCUAAACAGAACAUGGCGAACGGUCCAACUUGUUUCAACUGUGACGGACCACACAGACUGUCAGACUGUAAACUACCCCACGAUAAGAAGAAGAUUCAGGAGGGUCUGAAACAGUUUAAAGAGUCGCGUGGGGGUCCAAAUCAUAACGACAGAUACCAUGUCAGAGUUGUUAAGGAGAUUGAAGCAAGGUUCAAAGAGUUCCAGCCAGGUAAAGUAUCGGACAGUUUGCGACUAGCACUGGGGUUAGAAAACCACGAGUUAGCUCCCCACAUUUACCGAAUGAGAAACUUUGGUUACCCACCCGGCUAUUCUCUAGAUCCCCCGCUAUCUACCUCAGAGGGAAUGCAGUUCUACGCAAAACCUACUACUAGUAUAACACAAGAAGAUGGUGAAAUAGCAGAAGCUCCCCUCCCUGCUGUUGUUGAGUACCCCGGCUACACCACAGCCCCCGCCUCUGAUGUAAUAGACAAACACCAGCCCCGGAACCCUGUGUACAGUAACGCUACCCCCACCCUGAGUGACAAGCGCAAGCCACGUGCAGACCAGACUAACAAGCGGAGGAAGAUGGACCACACGUUAGGAGGCAAGGAUGAGGAUGAUAUGGAGGUGGACGAUGAUAAAGAAACUAAACCAGCGCACGACAGACAGAUAAUCCAGCAACCUCCACCACCUCCACCAAUGCCUGAAGAACCAGCCCCCUCCGCUCCCUCUCCUCCUCCUCUUCCUCCUGGCUUGGAGGAGCUAGCUGCUGUUACCCCUGCUAAAUCCAAACUCUCUCAACCUGCUGCUACUUCCACUCCUGUUCCUGAAAAAGAGAAACUCUCAACGGAGGAAAUGGAGGAAGAAGGAGAAAUUGAAAGUGAAACCAGAACAGAAACCGAAAGUUCAGAUAUAGUGGGUGAUGAUAAAAGUGCUGCUGGUGAGCCGCUAAAUAGGUCAAUAGUGAGUGAAACCAAUAAGAUCGGUAUAAAGUUCGAUCAGAUUGAUGAUUUCGGCCCUCUGGACGAGCGAGCAGGUAACUUCACAAAACUGCAGUGUAUUCUGCGCAGUAGAAAGAAAAGUGUGGGAAGUACCCCCAGCAAACCUCCCCCUAAUACUAGGAAGAAACGGAACAGUAAAUGAGCUUCUAUUGAAGUUAGAAAAUGUCACGCAUAUUUAAGCAGGUGCGGUGCGCGGUUUUUAAGUUAUGUUUAACGAUUUUAAUGAUAUUUUUGUAAUGCGUUAUUUACAAUUUGGUUUACUUUGUUACCUUAGUUUAAAAGAUCCCCUUAAUAUUUAACUGGAUAAAUACAGACUAAAGGUUAAUUUUACGAGCUCAAUUAUUUUACCUUUGUAUAGCUUAUAAGCAGUUUCACAGUCUAAAUUUCUUGUGUUUUAAUAAUCAACAUGACUCAUUGCAAGUACCGGUUAUAUACAAUUUUUACAUUUCCCCCCUUGCAG